UGUUUUUGUUUUUUUUUUUGGAAGGCGGGGAGCAUUGAAUAUCAGGUCAGCGCUGAGAAUAUCUUUAUUUGACAUCUGGAAAAUGGAUCCUUUCCAGGAUGAUCCCUCUGAAAAGAGAUCAUGUUCAUGUAACGUUCAGCUAGUCUGUGUCUUUCUACUGCUGUAGCUGAAAGAUACAAUUUGAUGAAUCUUCCCGUAGGGGCGUCUCCUAUCCCUGGGCAUGACUCUUUUUGAAUAUUCAUCAAGUGUAAUAUUGCACCUGAAACUCGUGUUACUAUCCGCAACUGUAGAAUUAGGAUGGAGUGAGCAUUGAAGGGAAGCAGGAGUGGGAUAUCUGGUUAAUAAUUCUAGUCUGUGGCAGAGUUUCCUGUACUACCCUCUGCAAAGCCACAUUACCUCUGCAGUACUGAGGUGGUUCUGUCCUGGGUGCCUCUGUUUCUGGUUAUAGGGUGUUUCAUUGGAGUUUUUGUUUGGAAGAAAAAGGUUUUUGCAAGACAGGCUGUUUGUGUGAACAGUGAGUUCGUAUUCAUGCAUGGUUGCAGAGGCAAGUGAAUAAUAUAUUAAUUCUGUCUCUCCUUUAAGCUCUGAUCAGCAAACCAUUUUGCAUGCAAUUUGCAGGAAUACCACUGUCAAAAAUAGAUUUGGCUGGUCUGGACAUUGCAUGCAAAAGCGAGUUCUUACUUAUUAAAUAGUAAUGAAACAAGCAUUAUUUCAGUUUUGUUAGUCUCAGAAAACUGAAAUUUUAAAUAUAGCCAGUGAAAGCUAAAUUAACCUUUUUAAAUAAAUCAUAUCUCAUGUCAUUCGCAUGACAAACGCAUGCUCAGUAUUUUCGAAAAUGACUGUAUUACCCUAAAUGGUUCCAAACAGGCAGGAACGGUCGUGUUCUUGACCACAAAGACCACUUUCGACAUUGACUUUGAGUCAUGGAGCUAGUGGCUAUGAAAGCGCAUGUUCAAAAUUGAAAUCGGAGUCGUUCUUCUGUCCUGCACAGCCACGACGUGCGUGGUUUCAGGAUCGAUUUAAGUUUUAGGGCGAGAUUUCGGAAAUAACAUCAUCCUUGUCCCUCCCCGACAACUGGAAACGCAAGACCCAUUUCAGGAAUUCGUAUUCGGUUAACGGAAGUUCCACUUGAAACUGUUGAGUACCCAGCACUUUUCCAACUCCACUUGUCUUAUGAAUGUCGGCUCUAGUAAGCAAGGCUCUAUUUUUAAGUCCGUCACGUACUCACAAAAACAGCAGCCAGCUGCGCCUAGUCUUGGCAUGAGCGCAAGGAGAAUGUCCGCUCCCCACCCCCCUCUCAAAAAAGAUCACUGUCCAGAGUUUAAACGUGCCUUUAUCAAGUUAGCGGAAAUAUUAUGUUUACAUUUAUCCGUCGUUAUAGUGUACUGUUUUGUGUAUACGAUAAAUCGCUAAACUAAUUGCAUGAUGCACCGAAUGUUUCGUUCAGUUAUUAUUUUCUAAUUACUUAAGAAUUUUUCUGUUUUUAAAAAAAAUUUUUUUUACUUUUUUUAAUCAACGAUUAAAACACAAGUGGUGCUUACUAUUUACAUAUGUCCCAAUAUACCGAUUAUCGUGGCGUUACUAUAGGAGAAUAUUUAAUUCAACUAAAAUAGAAUGCUACCAUGAAUACAUUGACAGAUUACCAGAAAUAACUUUUGUAUAAGAGAGCCAUUUCUUGCUCGUAAUUUAGCACAAUGCAGUGACGCUUGGAGAUUUUUAUUGAAGUAACCCUCACAUAUUUCACGUAGGCCCAUGUGUUUUCCCUUAAACCCGAAGUCUCUGGUGGACCCCCACUUGCCUAGCGUUGCAUAGAGCGAACUUGUCCCUUUAAGCACCCUGGGAACACCGCUACCAUACAGUAGCAUAUACAUGCGCAGCAAGAAGAACGGUGGGGGAGUGAAGGAACCGGGAAUUUGGGCUGAUUAUCGUCGCCUUUGCCCUUUGAUUCACCGUGCACUGCAUGGCGGCACUCCCGUGGCUGUUUGGAAUACUCUGACAGCGGUUAUGUGGCAACAGGUGCUUAGAAAACACUCUGUUUCUCACAUUUCAUUCACUCUCUGCGCUUUCUAUAUUAAAAGCGAACUUCGCUGCACGGCAAGAGCCUAAAGUCACACGGCGACUUUAGCAACCAAUCGCCAACAGGUGCUUAGUUAUAUUAUUAAUGAGCGGAAGAGCUUCGCCAAGGUUCCUGCGUCGGUGUCCCCGUCUAAACCCAUUGGCUGUCAAGUCAGCGGCGGAGUGGACGGUGAAGGGAGUCACUCGGAUGGACAUGGCAGAGAAGAAGGUGUCUCGGUGGUACUUCGGGGGCAUCGCCUCGUGCGGAGCUGCCUGCUGCACGCACCCGCUGGACCUCCUUAAGGUCCACCUGCAGACGCAGCAAGAGGUGAGGAUGAGGAUGAUGGGGAUGAUGAUGGACGUGGUGCGGAGGGACGGGGUCCUGGCAUUGUACAGUGGGCUCAGUGCCUCCCUCUGCAGACAGCUCUCCUACUCCCUGACUCGGUUUGCCAUCUACGAGACGGUGCGGGACAGGAUGUGGGGCGCCAGCCACGGCCCCAUGCCCUUUUACCAGAAGGUCCUGCUGGGAGCAUUCGGAGGGCUUGUGGGGGGUUUCAUUGGGACUCCUGCAGACAUGGUUAAUGUAAGGAUGCAGAACGAUGUGAAACUGCCACCGGAACUGAGGAGGAACUACACUCACGCUCUGGAUGGCAUGUUCCGCGUGUGGAGGGAAGAGGGACUGAGGAAGCUGUUCUCUGGAGCCACUAUGGCCUCCAGCAGGGGGGCACUGGUUACUGUGGGACAGCUCUCCUGCUAUGACCAAGCCAAGCAGCUGGUGCUGGGCACUGGUGUCCUGUCAGACAACAUCCUCACCCACUUCCUGGCCAGCUUCAUUGCGGGAGGCUGUGCUACUGUCCUGUGCCAGCCCCUGGAUGUGUUGAAGACCCGCCUGAUGAACUCUAAAGGGGAGUAUGGGGGUGUGAUGCACUGCCUGACAGAGACAGCCAAACUGGGACCCAUGGCCUUCUACAAGGGCCUGGUUCCGGCUGGAAUCCGUUUGGUCCCUCAGACAGUGCUGACAUUCAUCUUCCUCGAGCAGCUGCGGAAGUACUUUGGCAUCGUCAUCAUCGCCUGAGCAUGACCUUUGACCUCCGAGAUGUCAGCCUUGCGUUCUGUUCCACUACCACCCCCCCCCCCCCCCCCCAGGACUGUGCAGGGUGGAUGGGUCAGACUGCAGAAGGCAUCUCCAAGCCCACCGCCGCUGGUGGGGUAAGGUCCUGGCUAACUCAGUGGGAAACGUGUGCAACACUCAAGUCUGUUUCCCAAGGGAAAUUGCGCACGACCUGUAUCCGGCCAAUCAAAAACGAUCAAUGACGGCAGCGUGUUACUCAAUGGACGGGAUAGAGUGGCACGUUCUGACCGCCACCUCGUGACCUCAUCCCCUGACUCCACCCCCUGCAGUUUAAUUGGCUGUAGCGAGAACAGAAGUACAGCAGCUAGUCCACCCCCCCCCCCCCCCCCCCCCCCCAGCCAAUCAGCUGCAGGGAGUUACUGGACCGUUGAACAGUGUGACAGUGAGACUGAUCUGGAGUUCUGCAAUCAUUUGGUUCAGUGUGUGAUGAGGUGAUUGAGGACUUCAGAGACCGUUUUAAGUUUUGUGAUUUCUGACCGGUUUUGAUUGCUUUUCCUGAGUUAUGGCUGGUGUAAGCGUCCCAGAUCUGUAUCCACAAGAGCAGGUUGAACUGGAAGAAGGAUUUCUGGGAUGGAUGUCAUAUCGAGGGUCCAGGAAUGGAAUGGACUGCACCCAUGGUGAUCGCGACUAACUAAUUUGAGGUUAUGCAAGGAUCAUCGAUGUAGGUUUCUACUAACAAAAUCUGAGCGUUUUAACUAUAUGAAUUGGUUUAUUGCCUGUUAACAUCAAACAAAAAUUUCACAAUCAUUCCAUUUUGUGUUAUGCUGGACAUUAGAUAUAGGUGGUUUCAUGAAUUCCGUAAUGGGUAGAGCUGCAAUGAACUCUGAAGCGCUAACUCAUAUAAGCCAAUCACAAGACUUGGCUGCCCAUUGCAAAAAAGCUAUGACUGGAUCAUGAUUGGUCGAAAUCAUCAUGAACGCUCAUAUGUCUUAAACUCAGAGCUCAAUCACAGGGUUGUGACAUUUAACUGAGAAAUCACUGACAAACUGAGAAGCAUGAAAUCUUAACAAGAUCGCAGACUGAAGUCUGAAAGCUUAAUUUGUAUAAUUCUGACAUCCAUUUUGAUGUUCAAUUUUUUAAAGCCCAGUUUAGAUUUUUUUUUUUUUUUCCAGAUCAGUCAGCUCAACCAUAUGCUAGUAACUAAUUUUAAAAUGACUGUUCAGUGUGAAGCUAUCUGUUGCUUUUGCUUUCUGUGAAACAGUAAAGAAUGACCACCUCUGAGUGAACAUGA